CUAUAAAGCAAAUAGCUCAGUUUAGUCAAAGAGAUGAUUAAUUUAAUUUUAAUGUAUCAGCAACAUUUCGUGUUUGUAUAAAUUUUUUCAAAACAUUCUGCUCUUUGCCAAUACAAAGGAUAAGAUUAAUAUAUAAUGCCGGCAUAUCACUCACAGAUUAAAGAAUUUCCUCAAGUUGUGGGAAACAUGGCCAUAUUACCGUUGCGCACACAGGCUCGUGGCCCGGCUCCUAGUGGCAAUAUUGAUAACGACAUCAUUGAUGAGUCACUUUAUUACUUCAAAGCAAACGUUUUCUUUCGAACUUAUGAAAUAAAGUCUGAAGUGGACCGGGUUCUAAUAUACAUUACACUCUACAUAACCGAAUGUCUGAAACGCUUGCAACGCUGCAACAACAAAAACCAGGGCGCUCAGGAAAUGUACAGCUUAGCAAUUUCAAAAUUUGACAUUCCGGGAGAUGCUGGUUUUCCCCUAAACGCAGUAUACGCUAGGCCACAGAAUCCCCAGGAAGCAGAUUUGAUGCGCCAAUAUUUUCUACAACUUCGUCAUGAAAUUGGAAACCGUGUUUGUGAAAAGGUCUUCAACACCGAAGAUGGUAAACCAAAUAAGUGGUGGAUUUGUUUUGCUAAGAAAAAGUUUAUGGAGAAAUCUUUGUCUGGACCAGGACAAUGAAUGUAAUUUAAUUCUCCCAUAGUUCACCUUUAAUAAGAUUCUUGAGAACUGUCUAAAUAAAAGUUUCAUAAAUAUUAUUUUACCUAGAGGGGUUAUUCUUAGAUAUUAAGCAGUAUUAAACACUGAUUCAUAAAGAUUAGAUACUGAUUGAUACUUUGCAUUUAACUUAAAUAUAUAUAAUUAUAUCUGAUUCAAUACUAAA